AUGUCUACCUUCACUCCCACUGAACAAGCUGAGAUCAGCCAAUGGAUCACCACAUCCACCCGCCUCUCAACCUCUUCCCCCUCCGAACAGCUACCCUUCCUUGACGCCCUCAACACCCAUCUCUCGUCCCGAACCACCGUUUUAGGAAGCAAACCUUCCAAAGCCGAUGAAGCCCUCUACACGUCCCUCGCCCCAAUCGUCUCAAAAUGGACAGCUGAGCAGAAGACUGGAGAAAAGGGCCACCCCAAUAUCAUCCGCCAUCUCGAUUUCGUGCAAAACUCCCCUCUUUUCGCAUCACUCAAGGUCGCAGAAGCGGAUAAGCUCAAGGUCGACCCAGAGGAGAUUCUUUACGUGAAACCACCUGUCGACGCUAAAGCAGAGAAGGAGAGAUUGAAAAAGGAGAAGGCUGCUCUCGCUGCCGCUGGUGGAGAUGCAUCUCUCGCCGACCGAACCAAGGAUGCUGCUGGGAAGGUGGUUGAGAAGGUUAUUGGAGCAAAGGAUGCAGUCGUCGCUGCUGUAGAAGGCCAACCACAAGGAGGACGACAAAAGAAAGAGAAGGCUGAUAAGGCACCGAAACCACAGAAGGCUCCUGCGGCUGCUGCCCCUCUGUCCCCCGCUCUCAUUGAUUUGAGAGUUGGUCAUAUCUUGAAGGCUAUCAAGCAUCCUGAAGCUGACUCGUUGUUUGUUUCUACCAUUGCUAUGGGUGAUAAGGCUGGUGCGGAUGAUACUACCGAAUACGAAGGUCAAGUUGUGCGAACUGUUUGCUCUGGUCUCAAUGGUCUCGUUCCAUUGGAAGAGAUGCAAGGUCGAAAGGUGGUUGUUGUUUGCAAUCUUAAGCCUGUCAAGAUGCGUGGUAUCAAGUCAAGCGCUAUGGUUCUUGCUGCUUCCCCAAAGCUUGCUCCUGGUGUUGAGGAUAACCACGCUGGACCAGUAGAGCUCGUCACUCCUCCCGAAGGUGCUGCUGCUGGAGAGAGAGUCUACUUUGAAGGCUGGCAAGGUGAGCCAGAGGGUAUCUUGAACCCAAAGAAGAAGGUAUGGGAAAUGAUCCAACCUGGUUUCACUACCACCGAAGGAUUGGAGGUUGCCUUUGAUGCAGGUGUAGUGAAGGAAUUGAGUAAGGAGGGAGAAGAACCAAAGACCGGUGUAGGAAAAUUAGUGACUGCAAGUGGUGGAGUUUGCAAGGUCAAGUCUUUGAGUGGCGCUAUCGUUCGAUAG